CUGAGGCGUAAGACUUACGAAAGUACAACAUAAUUUUUCUCCAACUAUCUAUCAACUCUUACUCUCCGAUCCAAAAAUUAUUGUGGAUUCUUUCUCUCUCUCUCUCUCUCACAAGCAAAGAGUAGAGAGUUUGUUCUAUCAUGAACUGAAGAAGAUUGGCCCAUGAUAGUUUGAUAUCGCUCUGUAAUAGGAAGACCAUGGGACAAGCUUCACCAUUACUUGUAAUAUUUUUGGUUCUUGGUUCUUCCUUUGCCACAUAUAAUCUGGUAACAAUGAUAAUCCACUAUGGAUCUUCAGAAAGUGUGGCUAUUGAUGAUAGUACAUUAUUUGUCGACCCUAUUACUGAGAUGCCUUUGUAUGUAAAGAAUCGGAAGACAUCUAAAUCACCCUUUCAUGUUGCCUUAACGGCAACUGAUGCUCCAUACAACAAAUGGCAAUGCCGCAUCAUGUAUUACUGGUAUAAGCGACAAAGGAACUUACCCGGGUCAGAGAUGGGAGGAUUCACUAGAAUUCUACAUUCUGGAAAUCCUGACAACUUGAUGGAUGAAAUUCCUACUGUUGUGGUUGAUCCUCUUCCAGCAGGUCUGGACCGGGGAUACAUUGUUCUGAAUAGGCCAUGGGCCUUUGUGCAGUGGUUGGAAAAGGCUAAAAUAGAAGAAGAAUAUGUGUUAAUGGCAGAGCCUGAUCACAUAUUUGUACGUCCUCUGCCCAAUCUGGCUUAUGGAGGACAUCCAGCUGCUUUUCCAUUUUUUUACAUUAAGCCUGAUCAGAAUGAAAAAAUCAUAAGAAAGUUUUAUCCUGAGGAGAAUGGUCCAGUUACAAAUGUUGAUCCGAUUGGCAAUUCUCCUGUAAUUAUCAGAAAGGAUUUGAUCGCCAAGAUUGCUCCCACAUGGAUGAAUGUUUCUUUGAAGAUGAAAGAAGACCCAGAGACUGAUAAAGCUUUUGGAUGGGUGCUAGAAAUGUAUGCAUAUGCUGUAGCAUCUGCCCUGCAUGGUGUGCGGCAUAUUCUGCGAAAAGACUUCAUGCUACAGCCCCCAUGGGAUCUUGAAACUACCAAUAAGUUUAUAAUUCAUUAUACUUAUGGGUGUGACUACAAUCUAAAGGGUGAAUUGACGUAUGGUAAAAUUGGUGAGUGGAGAUUUGACAAAAGGUCACACCUUCAAGGACCUCCACCAAGAAACUUGUCCUUACCCCCACCCGGGGUUCCUGAAAGUGUGGUGACCCUUGUAAAGAUGGUGAACGAGGCUACUGCUAACAUCCCCAAUUGGGACAAAUCUUUGGUCAUAGAAUGAUAGAUCAAUGUACACUAUCAAUAAACGGAGAAGUAAUUUUUUU